AAAUGUGAUUAAUAUUGUUGGCCUUAAAGGUUAGAAACAAAUUACUUAUAUUUCUUGACAAGUGGAGGUCAAAUAUUAUUUUUCUGAAGUAUUUUAACUGUAAUCCUCGCGCGCUCUGCGAUCGUUUCGUCAGCCUGCGGCGCUCCGGAAGAGCUCCGCAUUCCAUUGGUCGAGUCUACUUGACACCGGAAGUGAACGAGUCUGUGGUGUCGAGCAAAGAUGGUGGCCACCAGGAGAGGAGCACGCGCGCGCUCUCCCUCCGAAACGCCGACGGAGCAGCGGCCCGAUGUCCAGGCCACUCCCUCCACCGUGCGGAGGACCAGGAGAUCCGUUAAAGAGACUCCUGUCCGUCCUGAGGAGAAGAGCGAUGAAGGACCUCCACCGUCUGCAGCCUCCAUGAAGAGAAGAAGCAGCAGAGUGUCCAGACUCCGCAAUACUCAGCAGCCCCCCACCACGCCAGGCUCCGCCCAUGAAGCAGACACGUCCGACUUGGACUCCUGCUACUCCGCCGAGUCGGCUCCCUCGACCCAAACCAUGGCGAGGAGGAGGAGAACCCAGACAAGGAGGGGAGAGAAUGAGAUCUCUGAUGUGGAGUCUUGCUCCUCCGCCGCAUCAAAACCGGGCUACGGGACCCGCCGGAGCACGAGAAGGAAGACGGGUUCUGAGAGUUCUGUCGCGGGUCAUCCUGAGGUGGGAGGAGCUACAGAGAUCAAGUCUACGGAGCUGAGAGUCACAAGAAGUCAGAGGAGAUCUACUCGCAACAAGUCGGCGGCUAAACCCGUCGACUCGGAGCUCUCGGACAGCUGCACCUCCAGCGUCUCUGAGCAGACCCCCAGAAGACCAAAACGUUCGAUUCCCGCGCACAAAGAGAGUGUCCCGGCCCGGCAGACCAGAACAACAAGAAGCAGGGCGGCGUCCACAGUCAGCGAGCCCCCGUCGUGGGAUUCUGACGGCUUUGAGUCCGGACCCACGUAUAGCUCCAGCGCACGUAGGAGAGGGAAGACUCCGUCUGCAAGGGAUUCCGAUUCCGAGGAUGUGGAGCUUCAUUCCACGCCGUGCAGCAGCCGUGCGAGCUCUGGGACGGCCAGCAGGAGGCGCCAGAUCUCCAGGGUGAACAGGGCUGCGGUGGUGGAGUCGGACGAGGAGGAAACUUCUCUAAAUGACUCUAAACUAGAAACCACAGUGGUUGCAGAAAAGACGCUGUUGGAAGAAGAAGCAACCGAGCUAACAGAGGAGAAGAACGAUGCUGGUCUCAGUGCCAACGAGGAAGAAAAAGAGGAGACUGACACAACACAAUGUGAUGAAGAUGAGAGCAGGCCUGCAGUUACAGUCAAAGACCAGCAGGGGGAGCCGUCAGCUGAUUCGUCUGAGAUGAUGCAGGAAAACCUCCCAUCAUCUGAGGCCUCCCCAUCGGUUACAGUAACAUUCUGUGAGAAGGUCCCUGAAAAGAUGGAGGAGAAGCAGGAGCUCCCCGUGGACACAGAACAAGAAAUGAAACCCUGUGAGGAGGAGAAGGAGGAGAAGCAGGAGCUCCCUGUGGACACAGAACAAGAAAUGAAACCCUGUGAGGAGAAGAAGCAGGAAGAAGAGGAGAAGCAGGAGCACAUGGAGGUCUGCAGACCGGAUGCUCAGCAGGUGGAGGACCUCCAGGAAACGGCAGGUGGAUCCCAGGAGGCUCCAGACUCGAAGCAGCAACCCCAGGCCGCCUUCAGCCUGCUGGACAGCAGCGACGAGGACGAGGAACUCGAUGAAGAGCUGGAGGAAGGCUCCGCACAGGAAGAUCUGGAUCACAUGGACCAGGAGAGAGGAGAAACUUCCAGCAAGUCGAAACCAGCAGCUGCUUCUGUAGAAGGACUGUUUAUGAUCGACACCCGACCCGGACAAGACCCCGACCAGCAGUACUACACGGACUGGAAAGGAGAGGAGGACAAAAACAAAAGAUCGGAGGAGGAGGAGCCAGAUGAAGACGAGUUUGUGGAUGAGGAGGAAGAGGAGGAUGAAGACGCAGAGAUCUUGCUAUCAAGCAGAAAUUCUCAUUUGAAAGAGCUGUCCAGCCGCAUCGACCCCGGCAUCAGCGUGAAGAAGCUCGGGGGUUUAUACAUCAGUUUUGAUGGCAGCAAAUCAAAAGGCGUCUCCACCUCGGGGCAGAAACCGAACGGGAAGACGACCCUCGACGAGGUGAUGAAGAAGAGCGUCAUCGGGCCUGACUUUGAGAAGAAGGACGCCGUGCCACCAUAUAAGGAAUCCAAAGAGGCUUUAAAGUUGAAACGCAGAGCCGAGAGGCAGAAAUCCACAGGAGACGGCUGGUUCAACAUGAAAGCUCCAGAAGUUUCCCAGGAGCUGAAGGGAGACCUGCAGGUCCUGAAGAUGAGAGGCUCUCUGGACCCCAAAAGGUUCUACAAGAAGAACGACAGAGAUGGUUUCCCCAAAUACUUCCAGGUCAGCAGCAGCGUGACGUUCCUCUUGGUCAGAUCUCCGUCCGUGUCCUCAUCAGAACUCUGUGUACAGGUCGGCACUGUGGUGGACAGUCCUCUGGACUUCUACCACUCCCGUGUUCCCAAGAAGGAGAGGAAGAGAACCAUGGUGGAGGAGCUGCUGACCGACGCCGAGUUCAGACAGAAAAACAAAAAGAGGUUUCAGCAGAUCAUGGCAGAAAAAGCAGCACAAGCAGCCGGCAAGCACAAAAAGAAGAAUAAAUUCCAUAAAAAGUCCAGCUAAAGAUGCGAGGAACAAGAAGAUUAAAGCCAUCUCCUACAUAAACCCUUUUAAAUUGAGGCUCAUUUAAAAUCAGUGAUGGUUCUGGAACCUCCAGUCUGUUUCUGAUGGAACUAAAAGGUUUCAAUCACAUCUUGAUGGACCAAAUACAGGAAAUGAUGUGUUAUGAAACAUCAGUAAAAUAAUUUAUACUAGAAGAAGUACAGCUUCAAAGUCAAACAUUUCAGGUUUGCUCUGUAUUUUUAUCUCUUCCUGUCUGAUAAAACCUAAUUCAUCUUUAGUAAAGUAUUAAAUGAA